UGGGCGGGGCGGGGCGCGGCGCGGCCUUUUGCGCCCCUUAGGGCUUGGGGUCGCCCUCCGGAACCCGGCCCGCCCAGUCGUCCCUUCUAAGGAGCCCUGGUUCCCCAGCCGCUGGGUCUGCACAGGUCCCUCUCGGCGGCUCCAAGAAGACACCUUGAGACAAGAUGCCAUCCCCACUGGGUCCCCCGCCCCUGUCCCUCACGGACCCUGAGACCGCGCAUGAGGAGCCCGAGGCCGCACGCCUGCGCUUCCGGGGCUUCUGCUACCGGGAGGUGGCGGGUCCCCGAGAGGCCCUGGCACGGCUCCGAGAGCUGUGCCGCCGGUGGCUGCAGCCGGAGACGCACUCCAAGGAGCAGAUGCUGGAGCUGCUGGUGCUGGAGCAGUUCCUGGGCACGCUGCCCCCCGAGAUCCAGGCCUGGGUGCGGGCUCAGCGACCUGGCAGCCCCGAGGAGGCUGUAGCCCUGGUUGAGGGGCUGCAACGUGACCCUGGGCAGCUGCUGGGCUGGAUCACAGCCCACGUCCUGAAGCAGGAGCUGCUCCCUGCAGCCCAGAAGACAGAGGAGUCCUCGGGAAGCCCCCGCCCCUCAGGGACAGUGGAGCCCCCUGGGGCGGCCCUUGGGGAGGGUCCGCAGGACGCCACCAUGCAGAGGUCUGCCCAGCUCAGCUGCGCUGUGAAGGAGGAGCCUGAUGCCGAUGGGCAGGAGAUGGCACCCCACAGCACCCUGAUUCCAGCCCAGUCCCCUAAGGGGCACCUUGGACAUGGAGAACAAGCUUCCACAUCCAGGAUUCAGGAGUGGGGGCUGCUGGACCCUUUGCAGAAGGAGCUGUACUGGGAUGUGAUGCUGGAGAAGUACGGCACUGUGGUCUCGCUGGGAUUACCGCCUCCCCAGCCGGAGGCCCAAGCCGAGUCGCAGCCUGGGCCGCAGCACCUGGAGUCAGAGGUCCGUGGAAGCCACCACCCAGGUGAGCAGUCCUUCCUGCAUCAGGAGGGGAGGAACUGUGCCACUCCACAGGUCUGGAGGAGAGGUAAGCCCACAUCACAGGUGCCAGGGCUCACCUGGCUCUGCCCGUUUCUCCUUCCCUUAGCAAGUGAGAGCCAGAGCCUCCGUGAGGAUCCACCUGGCUGCCCAGAGGCCCAGCUGCCCCAGGGCCUGUCCAGGGCCACCACAUCCACCCAGCUCUCUGGGCCCAGCCCAGGGACACCCCCCGCAUGCCCCCCACCCACAGCCCCAGGGGCCAGUGUAGAGCCAGGUGCUCCUCAGAGGAAGCCCUACACGUGCGAGCAGUGUGGCCGCAGCUUCGACUGGAAGUCGGUGUUUGUCAUCCACCACCGGUCACAUGCCAGCGAGCAGAGCACAGAGAAGCUGCCUCAGGUUCCCCGGGAGCCCACUGCCCCACGCCUCCUGCGGCGCGCGCUCACCGGUCCCCGGAGCUACAUGUGUGAGGAGUGUGGGCGCAGCUUCAGCUGGAAGUCGCAGCUGGUCAUCCAUCGCAAGAGCCAUGCUGGCCAGCGGCGUCACUUCUGUGGUGACUGUGGCCGUGGCUUUGACUGGAAGUCACAGCUGGUCAUGCACAGGAAGAGCCACCGGCAGGAGGUCCCCUGAGCCA